CUUUUCUCUUUCCCACAAAUUCCCUCUUGUUUCCCCCUCCACUUCUCAAUUCAGUGCUUACAUUCUGCCCAUUGGUCAGCCUGGCCGGCACAACCAUUCCAGCUAAAGGGGAAGAGGAUUUCCUCACGCUGGCCACCUCACGGCUCAGCCGUAAGAAGCGUGUUAUUGGGGCUGGAGUUGGCGUGGCCAUGGUCCUGAUCCUGCUGGUGGCCAUUCCCCUAUUGGUUCACACCACUAAGGGGGGAGGGUCUGGAGGUGGUGGUACGCAUUACGAGAUGCUCGGGAGCUGCAAGAUGGUGUGUGACACUUUCACCCCUCCACAGGGAGAACUGACAGCCGUCUCCCCUCAGCCUCCAGAUUUCCCAAACCGCAGGGGCAAACAGGGGUACAGAGGGAGUCCUGGACUUCCUGGACCUCCAGGUCCUAAGGGACCCCCUGGAGAGCCUGGCAAGCCUGGGCCACCGGGUCCGCCAGGGCCUGGACCCGGUGGAUAUGGUUCCUCCUUCUACACUCCUAAAAUCGCCUUCUAUGCUGGCCUCCGGAAACAACAUGAAGGAAACGAAAUACUGAAGUUUGACGAUGUAGUGACCAACGUAGGGAACUAUUACGAGCCAAGCACAGGCAAGUUCACUUGUCCUCUGCCUGGUAUCUAUUACUUCACCUACCACGUCCUGAUGAGAGGGGGUGACGGGACGAGCAUGUGGGCAGACUUGAAGAAGAAUGGACAGGUGAGAGCCAGUGCAAUUGCUCAAGAUGCAGAUCAGAACUACGACUAUGCCUCCAACAGUGUAAUCCUGCACCUGGAUGUAGGAGAUGAAGUUUGCGUACAACUGGAUGGGGGCAAAGUUCAUGGGGGAAAUACCAACAAAUACAGCACCUUCUCUGGCUUCCUCAUCUACCCUGACUGAAAAGAAAUUCUUCUCCUCCCUUUCUGUGAUAAAGCAAAAAGUUUCUUCUCUUUUUUUCAUUUACACACCAUUCUUCCAUUAACUUGUCAUUUCCCUGUUGUUCAGUACACCAAACAUGUAGCAACAUGACCACUUAAUGAAAAGAGUGUUUGUGUAAAAAUGAAUAGAACAUUGUAUAUAUUAACAUUGACUUCUGAUACAAACACCUGUGUAAUCAUUAUUCAGUACCAUGUACAGUACGUGCAUGCAUGGUUAAAAUACAUAAUUCACACCAUUUUCACUUGCAUACAUUUUGCUAUGUACACACGCACAAACGUGCACAUUAAUUGAACUUUACUUGCUUCUCUGUGACAAGUUGACUAUUUCAGCUGUGGGUCUGAAAUCCACUGAAAUUAAAUCUGAAUGUAGACUGUCAGUCUGAGUGGGGGUAUUUAGCUUCAGCCUCUCGCCUUCACUAUGAGAUGGA